CACCAGUUGCUCCUCACUAGCUGGCUAUAGUGUGUGUGUUUACCCUGCGGCCUGAGGUGAGUUCUUCAUCCCAGCACAGUGACAGGCGGCGGGACGCACACCAUCAUACUCCACUCACCUACCUGCAUCAUUACGAUCAUUCACUGUGUAACAGAUGAUGGGAAGAUGGAGGAGGUGUUGUGCUGCGGGGUGUGCUCGGAGGAGUACAGUGGCGGCGCCCGGGACCCGGUGACGCUGCCCUGCGGCCACACCUUCUGCCGCCCCUGCCUCCACACCCUGGAGAAGACCAACGGCGUGGCCUGCCCCGCCUGCCGCAAGACUCACUCCGCCGUCACCGUCGCCUGCCUCCCUCCCAGCUACACCAUACUCAACCUCCUCGAUAACUACACCCCUUCCCAGGUUGAUGAGUGCAGCGCCCACGGGGAGCCGCUGGGGUACUGGUGUCGAGAGUGUGGGAGCCUGGCGUGUGGCCUCUGUAUCUACAACUCUCACCGGCAGGGCCAACACGACAUCGUCUCCUCCAAGGUCGUCCUCCAGGAGAAGAAGCACUGGUUGCAAGAGGAAACCAACAAACUUAGCAAAGUGAUAGAAACACAUCUAAUGAGCAGUGUAAGACAAUCGGUAGUUGAUCUGCUGCGGUUGUUGCAUAGAAGCACCAAAGCUGCCGCCAUUAAGGAAGAAGCAACCUCGAACGCCUCACUAUUGGAGAAGACUAUUAGCAUGGAAACGCUGCUGGUUUGCGAGGGCAAACACCAGAGUCUUGUGAACGCCUGGCGAGAUGCUGGUCUGCAGAAAGGGCCGUUUGCAUCUUCAGAAGCCCAGCAAGCCAUAAACCUCUCUACCCAGUUCCCUGAAGACCCCACAGCCAAUCCCGCCAUUGUUUCCCCCCUGAUAUGUUGCGUCCAGUACGCCGAGGACCGCUGGGGGAGGUUAUCGUGGAGCGGCAACGACCUCCUCCUAUCCUCAUUUUCUAGCCAGAACCUGCAGCCUCACUUCACACUAAAUUGGACGAUGUUCUCGAGCCUGGGGGCGGUGAUGUGCAGUGUGGUGUUCCUGGACCUGGCGGCCGGCAGCCACCCGCUGGGGCGGGUCACCAUACGCCUGUGGGGCCGCCUGCGCCGAGCUCAGCACUUCCUGGGACUGUGUCUGGGCAUCUGGGGAGCCACCUUCAAGGACUCCACCUUCACCCGCGUGCACGACACCCAGUUCUGCAGGUUCCUGGUGGGCGGGUCGUACAGGUCUGAGGGCAGCGGCGUCACCAGCACGGCAGGACUGAUGGACAACCUGGAAUGGGAUGGCCAGUAUGCCGGGGAGGACCUGGAAGGCCAGAUCGUGUCGUUCGGCGGAGGCCAUAAGCAUCUGGAUUCCGUGUUUGGGAUUUGCGUGGAGGAGAAGGCGAAGGGAGGCCGCAGCCGGUGCCCCUUCGGCAAGGUGGUGUCGGGUCUAGCCAUCCUGCAGAAGGCUGCCACCUACGUCCCUUCCUCCCAGAUCUCCAUCUCCCAGUGCGGCGUCGUCAUCAAUCUUGACGAGGUAAUGAGCGACUGAUAUAUUUAAUACAUUAGUCGCGGUCAAGCUUCUCUAAAACGAACCGAACAAAAUAUUCUUCAUUUGACGGAAAACACUAUUAAGAGUUUAAUAGCUAAAGCAAACGGAGCCACAAUAUUGAUACUUCGAAAUCAUAUAAAUUAGUAAAAGUGUAGUACAAUACCUCGAGAAAAUAAUUAAUGAACAAUAAAAGUAAAGUGUGAGUGAAAGUUGGAAGUGAGAGCACAAGUAAGAGGUGUCUCAAGUAACCUCAGAAGCAACCUAAUAUCCCAGAGCCAUCUUGAAGGUAUCAGGAACCUUCAAUACUGAGUCACAUUCAAAAGUUUGUGUGUGUUAAGCUUUGAUAAACAUAAUGUAACAUCACACAGGAUUUUGUUGGAGUCAAAACGACAUACAAGACCACAGAGGAGAGGGUUAUCUUGAGAUGAUUUCGGGGCAUUAGUGUCCCCGCGGCCCGGUCCUCGACCAGGCCUCCACCCCCAGGAAGCAGCCCGUGACAGCUGACUAACACCCCAGGUACCUAUUUUACUGCUAGGUAACAGGGCCAUAGGGUGAAAGAAACUCUGCCCAUUAUUUCUCGCCGGCGCCCGGGAUCGACCCCGUGACCACAGGAUCACAAGUCCAGCGUGCUGUCCCCUUGGCCGACUGGCUGAGGGUUGCUCAGGAGAUUAAACCAAAAUGGAUACUAUUAGCUUAAGUAUCUUUAAGCUCACCAAGACAAUCCCACACAGUCUCAGCAGACACCACGCCACAACAACAACAUAUCCAACAACAGUUAAAAAGUUACUUAAAUGAUUUCAAAAUUCGUACAAAUAUUGAUCAAAAUAUACCCCUCGUACUCGGCUAAACUUAAGCUGUAGCGGAAAUAUCAGACAAUGGGACAUGUAGACAUGUUAAAUAUCACGCCUACGAGACAACAAAUAUGGCGGUAGGAAAUAAAUGAAUAACCACAACUCCCAAAUGAGAGACUAUGUUCCCCCACUCUCCCUCUCUUUGGUUUGGUGAGGCUUGGCAACCCCUGGAGGUUACUAAGGCAACCCCUUGGGGUUACUAAGGCAACCCCUUGGGGUUACUAAGGUAACCCCUUGGGGUUACUAAGGUAACCCCUUGGGGUUACUAAGGUAACCCCUUGUGGUUACUAAGGUAACCCCUUGGGGUUACUAAGGCAACCCCUGGAGGUUACUAAGGCAACCCCUUGGGGUUACUAAGGCAACCCCUUGGGGUUACUAAGGUAACCCCUUGGGGUUACUAAGGUAACCCCUUGGGGUUACUAAGGUAACCCCUUGGGGUUACUAAGGUAACCCCUUGGGGUUACUAAGGUAACCCCUUGGGGUUACUAAGGUAACCCCUUGGGGUUACUAAGGCAACCCCUGGAGGUUACUAAGGCAACCCCUUGGGGUUACUAAGGCAACCCCUUGGGGUUACUAAGGUAACCCCUUGGGGUUACUAAGGCAACCCCUGGAGGUUACUAAGGCAACCCCUUGGGGUUACUAAGGCAACCCCUUGGGGUUACUAAGGUAACCCCUUGGGGUUACUAAGGUAACCCCUUGGGGUUACUAAGGUAACCCCUUGGGGUUACUAAGGUAACCCCUUGGGGUUACUAAGGCAACCCCUGGUGGUUACUAAGGCAACCCCUGGUGGUUACUAAGGCAACCCCUGGUGGUUACUAAGGCAACCCCUGGUGGUUACUAAGGCAACCCCUGGUGGUUACUAAGGCAACCCCUGGUGGUUACUAAGGCAACCCCUGGGAGGGGGCGGGGGUUACUUAGGCCGUAAUACUACUUUUACUUAAUUUGGUCUGAGGACGGACUCACUGACCACCAAACAAUGACAGUAUACAGUGUGUGUGUGUAUACAUACACACCGUGGUACACCUCUGGGUGUAUAUCCCUCGUGACCCUGUGUAUAGUGUAUUCGUAUUGUCACUUGUAUGUUUACAUCAAUUACCGAAACUAUAAUUUUUUUCGAAAAAAAAAGCCUCUGGUGCAAGGUAACCUGUCGAGGCCUACAACACGAGAGGGUGAACUACAACAUGAGAGGGUCAACUACAACACGAGAGAGGUCAACUACAACACGAGAGGGUCAACUACAACACUAGAGAGGUCAACUACAACACGAGAGGGUCAACUACAACACGAGAGGGUCAACUACAACACGAGAGGGGUCAACUACAACACGAGAGGGUGAACUACAACACGAGAGAGGUCAACUACAACACGAGAGGGGUCAACUACAACACGAAGGACACCUACAACACGAGAGGGUGAACUACACCACGAGAGGGUCAACUACAACACGAGAGGGUCAACUACAACACGAGAGGGGUCAACUACAACACGAGAGGGUCAACUACAACACGAGAGGGUCAACUACAACACGAGAGGGGUCAACUACAACACGAGAGGGUCAACUACAACACGAGAGGGUCAACUACAACACAAGAGGGUCAACUACAACACGAGAGGGUCAACUACAACACGAGAGGGGUCAACUACAACGCGAGAGGGUCAACUACAACACGAGAGGGACAACUACAACACGAGAGGGUCAACUACAACACGAGAGGGACAACUACAACACGAGAGGGUCAACUACAACACGAGAGGGACAACUACAACACGAGAGGGUCAACUACAACACGAGAGGGUCAACUACAACACGAGAGGGUCAACUACAACACGAGAGGGUCAACUACAACACGAGAGGGACAACUACAACACGAGAGGGUCAACUACAACACGAGAGGGGUCAACUACAACACGAGAAGGGUCAACUACAACACGAGAGGGACAACUACAACACGAGAGGGUCAACUACAACACAAGAGGGUCAACUACAACACGAGAGGGG